AUGCAAUUCUCAUCAGUCAUUGCUUCAUUAGCCUUAGUUGGAUCAAUCCAAGCUAAAUUCCACAACACUACCGGUGGUGCUGGUGUCACUAACUCAACUGGUGGUGCCGCUGCCGGUGGUAAAAACUCAACCGGUGCUGCUGGUGGUGCUUCAAAUGGUACUGCUGCUGGUGCAGGUGGUAAAAACUCAACUGGUGGUGCUGGUUCAGCCAAUGCCGGUGUUGUUGCUAACACUAAUAUCUAUGGUGGUGCUGCUAUUGUUGCUGCUGCUGUUGCUUUAUUAUAUUAA